CAGUGAGGUGACUGGUAGCUAAUAGCCACUAGUAUUUCCCCCCAAUGCUUUUCUCUGGAUAGGAGCAACAUUACGUGUUUGCAGUCCUGCAGCACAAACUGGAAACACCAAGUGCUUGCUCUGACCCAGGCACAGGUGUAGCUGCUGGGGCUACAGCAGUGAACGGGACAAACCGGGUGUCCGCUCCCUGACCUCCACAGAUAUGACCCACACGGGAGCCAGCACUAAAUGAGUGAAUGUGUGAAAGACUUGUGAAGCAUGCUGGAAUGUAGACGUGAUGGCUGGAGCCGCAGCUUCCAUCUCGGAGCAGGAAGUUGAGAAGCACACCACACCCCAGGGUGGUGGAGCAUACUGAAAUCUUUCUGGAAGCUCCGGCCAGGAGGAUGAUACAGUCAGACAAAGAAGCAGGUCCACUAGACAAGAAGGACACGAGGCAUUCUGUGGCAUCCAGUCCAGAGAGCGAUCCCUCCCAGAUCCUGAGGCUUGUGCUGCAAGAGCUAAAUCUGUUCUACAGGCGAGACAUGAAGGGACUGCGUCUCCUGUACGACCUCCUGCACUCCCCGUGGCUGCAGGCGCUGCUGAAGGUUUACGACUGCCUCCAGGAAUUUAAAGGAAAAAGCCUCGUUCCUGCCACCUCCCAUGCACAGGCGUUAUCCUAUGCGGUGGUGGAGCUAUUACAUGCAGGCUCUGGUUCCCCUGAGGUCCCAGAGCUGAGACGAAUCCUCCAGGCGCCACACUUCAAGGCCUUGCUCAGUGCCCACGACACUGUAGCUCGGAAAGAUUUUGAGCCCCUUCUCCCCCCACUGCCAGACAAUAUCCCUGAGACCGAGGAAGCAAUGAGGAUUGUUUGUUUGGUGAAGAACCAACAGCCCCUGGGAGCUACCAUCAAGCGCCACGAGACGACAGGGGACAUCCUGGUGGCCAGAAUCAUCCACGGCGGGCUGGCAGAGAGGAGUGGUCUGUUAUAUGCUGGAGACAAACUGGUGGAAGUGAAUGGAGUUUCAGUUGAGGGGCUGGACCCGGAACAAGUGAUCCAUAUUCUGGCCAUGUCUCGUGGCACAAUCAUGUUCAAGGUGGUUCCAGUUUCUGACCCUCCUGUUCGUAGCCCGAAGAUGGUGUACGUCCGCGCCAUGACUGAGUACUGGCCCCAGGAGGAUCCCUCCAUCCCGUGCGUGGACGCCGGGUUGCCUUUCCAGAAGGGGGACAUCCUCCAGAUUGUGGACCAGAAUGAUGCCCUCUGGUGGCAGGCCCGGAAAAUCUCAGACCUCCGUUCCUGCGCUGGCCUCAUCCCUUCUAACCACCUUCUGAAGAGGAAGCAACGCAAGUUCUGGUGGUCUCAGCCAUACCAGCCUGACACCCACCUCAAAUCAACCAUCUCAAUUUCUAUGGAAGAAGAAGAUGACAUGAAGAUUGACGAGAAAUGUGUGGAAGCAGAGGAACUUUCAGAAGACAAGGAGGAAUUUGUUGGCUAUGGCCAGAAGUUCUUUAUCGCUGGUUUCCGCCGCAGCAUGCGUCUUUGUCGCAGGAAGUCUCACCUCAGUCAGCUGCGCGCCAACAUGGGCUGUGCCAGCAGCUGCCACAGUGCGCUGGGUGCCCCUUAUGAGGAGGUGGUGAGGUACCAGCGACGCCCCUCAGACAGGCAUCGUCUCAUCGUGCUCAUGGGGCCUUCUGGUGUUGGAGUGAAUGCCCUGAGAAGACAACUCGUUGGACUUAAUCCUAACGAUUUUCGCGGUGCUGUGCCACACACUACUCGUCCCAAAAAGAGUUAUGAAAUGGAUGGACGUGAGUAUCAUUAUGUGUCAAAGGAAAUAUUUGAAACCCUCAUGUACAGUCACAGGAUGCUUGAGUAUGGUGAGUACAAAGGCCACUUCUAUGGCACCAGUGUGGACGCCGUUCAAGCCGUCCUCGAUGAAGGGAAGAUCUGUGUCAUGGACUUAGAGCCUCAGGGUAUUCAAGUGGCUCGAACCCAUGAAUUGAAGCCCUAUAUCAUAUUUAUAAAGCCACCUAACAUGAAUUGUAUGAAGCGAUCUCGUAAAAAUGCCAAGGUCAUUACAGACUACUUUGUGGACAUGAAAUUCAAGGAUGAAGAUCUACAAGAGAUGGAAGAUUUAGCCCUAAAAAUGGAGACUCAGUUUGGCCAGUUUUUUGAUCAUGUGAUUGUGAAUGACAGCUUACAAGAUGCAUAUGCCCAGUUGUUGUCUGCAGUUCAGAAGGCUCAGGAGGAGCCUCAGUGGGUACCAGCAACAUGGGUUUCCUCUGAUACUGAGUCUUAAUGGCUUCUGCUUAAUGUUGGAGUUUUAACAGUGUUCAUGUUUCAGAGCUCUGGAGUAACAGCUGCAAUCUAAAACAGCCAUAUUUGCCCUAUUAUAAUGUGUGCAACUUUGAAAGUCCUGUAGUUUAUUAACUAAUCUUACUUGAAAAAAAAGUUUGCAUUAAAUGGUUAUGCAGAGUUACCUGUUUGGCUAUUAGAAGAAAUUGUUUGCCUUUACUUUAUAUACAGCAAUUAAUAGGAAUGUGAACAAAGUUGAGUCACUGAGUACAAGAACCUUUCAUAGAUUUCAUAUGCUCUUUGUACAAUUCAGAUAAAAAGAUCUUUCCUAAAUAAAAUGGUGUUUAAUUUCA